GCCUGGGCUCGGGUGAGGAACGCCCUAAAGCGGAGGCGAGCUGCACAGCGCCAGCGCCGGCCAGCCGUGCAAGCGCCCGGGACCGAGGAGCAAGCGGGCGAGGCGCGGGCGAGGCUGGGACCCGAGCGCGCUCUCUGCUCCGCCAAGUGCCAACUUUGCGCGGACCGGCUGGGUGCGCACCUUCCCGCAGGGCAGUCCGCGGGAAUUUGAGAUUUUUAGGGAAGAAAGUCGGCUUCGCCCUGUCCCCUUGCCCCGGGUUCAGAAUCCCCAUUAAAAAGCAAAACAACAGUUACAACAAACUUGCUCUCAUCCCGCCGGGCCCCCACAACUCCCGGCACCAUGAAGGCGGCCGUCGAUCUCAAGCCGACUCUCACCAUCAUCAAGACAGAAAAAGUGGAUCUGGAGCUUUUCCCCUCCCCGGAUAUGGAAUGCGCAGAUGUCCCCCUGUUAACUCCAAGCAGCAAAGAAAUGAUGUCCCAAGCAUUGAAAGCUACUUUCAGUGGCUUCACGAAAGAGCAGCAGCGACUGGGAAUCCCAAAAGACCCCCGGCAGUGGACAGAAACCCAUGUUCGGGAUUGGGUGAUGUGGGCUGUCAAUGAGUUCAGCCUGAAAGGUGUGGACUUCCAGAAGUUCUGUAUGGAUGGAGCGGCAUUGUGUGCCCUGGGUAAAGAGUGCUUCCUGGAGCUGGCUCCAGACUUCGUGGGGGACAUCCUGUGGGAGCAUCUAGAGAUCCUGCAGAAAGAGGAUGUGAAGCCAUAUCAGGUUAAUGGAGUCAACCCUACCUAUCCAGAAUCCCGUUAUACCUCGGAUUACUUCAUUAGCUAUGGUAUCGAGCAUGCUCAGUGUGUUCCUCCCUCAGAGUUCUCAGAGCCCAGCUUUAUCACAGAGUCCUAUCAGACUCUGCAUCCCAUCAGCUCAGAGGAACUCCUGUCCCUCAAGUAUGAGAACGACUACCCUUCUGUCAUUCUCCGGGACCCUCUCCAGACAGACACCUUGCAGACAGACUACUUUACCAUCAAGCAAGAAGUGUUAACUCCAGACAACAUGUGCAUGGGGAGGGCCAGUCGUGGUAAACUCGGGGGCCAGGACUCUUUUGAGAGCAUAGAGAGCUACGAUAGUUGUGACCGCCUCACCCAGUCCUGGAGCAGCCAGUCAUCUUUCAACAGCCUGCAGCGUGUCCCUUCCUAUGACAGCUUCGACUCUGAGGAUUACCCCGCUGCCCUGCCCAGCCACAAGCCCAAGGGCACCUUCAAGGACUAUGUGCGUGACCGUGCUGACCUCAACAAGGACAAGCCUGUCAUUCCUGCUGCUGCCCUGGCUGGCUACACAGGCAGCGGCCCGAUCCAGCUGUGGCAGUUUCUUCUGGAAUUACUCACUGAUAAGUCUUGCCAGUCUUUCAUCAGCUGGACAGGAGAUGGCUGGGAAUUCAAGCUUUCUGACCCCGAUGAGGUGGCCAGGAGAUGGGGAAAGAGGAAAAACAAACCUAAGAUGAAUUACGAGAAACUGAGCCGUGGCCUUCGCUACUAUUACGACAAAAAUAUCAUCCACAAGACGGCGGGUAAGCGCUACGUGUACCGCUUCGUCUGUGACCUGCAGAGUCUGCUGGGAUACACUCCCGAGGAACUGCACGCCAUGCUGGAUGUGAAGCCAGAUGCUGACGAGUGAUGGACACAGAAGGGACUGGGGGAACCCUGCUGAGACAUUUCAGAAAACAACCGCGUUGGCUGGACUCUUAAUUUUUAGUUGUUAUUCUAUGUUUUAUUUUCCAGAACUCAUUUCACAUUCAGGGGUGGGAGCUAAGGGAGGUGCAGCUGUAUUCCAUUGGCCAUUGGUGAGGCUGGAAAGAGAAAGUCAGGACCUCUGGGGUGGGUGGGGCAAGAAGCUCCUGAGCAGAUUUUUCAGGAGAGAGAAAAAGGUCUUCUUAGAAGUUUGAUGGACCUGGUUUGCAGGAGGAAGAGACUAAUGUGUCCAAUCAUUAAAACAAGUUUAAGAAAAAAAGUCCAUCUUGAGUUAUGGAUUUAAUAGCAGGAGGACUUGUCACAUCAUGAGUAAUGGGAUUGACUAAAGUCAAUACAUCUGGAGGGUGGGAUUAAAAACAUUUUCUUCAGGGGAUUACUAAAAACAAGAAUUAUUAACCUUUCUACUUUUUGAAACAAAGAUGGACUUCAAUGGAGGGGGUCCAAAACUGUUUUUAUGUUAAAGUUUAUUUUAUUAAAUUUUGUGCCAGUAUUUUUUUUUUCUUAAAAAAAAAUGUCUUAAGCUCUAAGAUGGUCUCAGUAUUGCAGUAUUGUGAGUUUGUUCUUUUUUGGCGGCUGAGGAUUCUGUCACAGUGAAAGGCAACCAUUUAUAUAGACCCCAUCGGAAAAUCAAAGCUCUGUACUGAGAUCAGAGACCCCAGACUCACCUGAUUUAGCUGAAGGAAAUGAAUGCUGAUUUGGGAGCAGGGGAACCGUGCAUGUGAAUUAUACCUGCAGUUUGUAUAAAAUUUUCACGUCCCUUGUCAUUUAGAGGACUGUCAGGCUUUGGACUUAGUGUAGUUAAGGGGCAUUAAGUCUUUGCACUGAAUGUAUUUUGCAGCUCUGAUUGGGGACUGUUGUCAACAUAGGAAUACUGCUAAAGUCUUGGAAAGGAAAUUGAAGGAGGAAGAUUAACCUGGUUUUUGAUUAAAUCUCUACCUGAAACAUAGAUGACUCAGAAUAAAAGCUGUUCAAAUGGGCAUUACCCGUCAGGUCUUAAGUAAGCCCCAAAUGCAUGCCAUUUCAAAUGAACACUCUACAGUUUCUCCUCUACGUCUUAUUUUCCUGGCAUCCCACAUUGUUACCCCUCCCGCCCCCAACCUCAUUGUUCAGUAGAGUGGAAUGCAAUGCUUUCUGAUAGGUGAGUAAAAGUGUAAUUUCAGACAUCACGACAUGAAUCCAAGAGUACAGACUUGGUAGGUUCAGAAGCCAUGGAAAUUCAGAGAGUAUUUCAGUGGCACGUGACUUGGCCUCCUUUGGGAAGAGGCUUUCCUUUGAAGAAUAGGAGCUUGUCAGGUAGGACUUCAGGUGAGGCUGCAUGUAAAGAAAGUGGUAGAGAGUGCUGGAAGCUGGAGCUUGACCUGGUGCUUUGACAGAAGACAAGGGAAGGUCAACUGCAGAUAAGAAGAGUGACUUAAAGGAGAAGAUACAAGGGGAGGAGCUUGGUGAGGAAAAUAAAGUGGUCCAUGAUGUUUAAAUAUGUUUUUAGUUCCCUCAAAGCUUAAAUACAAAGAGUUAAUUGAGGCAACCAUCUUCCUCCCCUUGGGAGGGGAGACCUGAAAAGAAGGUAUUGGGGGUAAAAAAUAAACAAGGAAACUUGCCUGGUAGCAUUAGAAUCCCUUCCACUGUACACUUGUCUGGUUAAGACAAUGAUAGUGGAUGUCCAUGAGAGAAAAGAGGUAAUUGAUUGAGAUGGGCAUCUCCAGGCUGGCUCUUUUGGGGGAUUCCGCUAUGAAAAUGAAAGUUGUAACUACCUUGUAUCAUCUUCCUGAGAGUUGAUGGCUGACUCCCAGAUUCUCUUGCAGACUCUGAAUUAUUAAGAACAUAACUCUUGUCCGUGGAUGUUCUGUACUGAUUGACUGGAGCAUCCUCCACACAGGGAAGCAAAGGCAAAACAUCCCAGCUAUAUAUUUUGAUCUUACAGAUGCAGGUGCCUUAAUGAAGCUCUCAAAAUAUUUAGGAGCUGCUCAGGGAGUAUUAGGUGGGAUCAUUUGGAUUAUGUUGUUUUAUAUUAUGUGAUCUUUGUUGGGCACUGGCAGUGUGUGUGUGUGUGUGUGUGUGUGUGUGUGUGUGUGUGUGUGUGUGUGUGUGUGUGUGUGUAUGCACUUGUGUAAAACUGCAGCUGAAAUAAUACUGAAUUUUCUACUUAAGUCUGUCCACAUUUCUGUAAUGGUGAAAGAGUACAGCCAGGGCUGAUAUCAUUGCUUGCUGUUUGCAACAGGGCUUUAAACAGUCAUUUUCCCAAAUAAUCCUCCUCUUCUAUUCAAUGCAUGCUGAGAACUCUCCUUCUGUGAGGCUAAUGCCUGCAGUCCCUAUGGCAGAUGAGAUGUGAGAAAGUGCCUCCUUGCACUCCUCAGCUUGCUGACUUACUUGCCAAGAUGUCCCUUCUCCCUAGGUCCACCAUUUUCAGGAUUGUAGAUAGUAUAUUAGUCAGACAGCUUUGUUAUCCAUCUGGCCAGAUGCUUUUUGUCCUUUUGUCCAAAGGCCAGAGACCAUCCAGGAAGAGUGAUGGGUGGUUUAUACACUGGAAAUGUAGCAGCAUUGUUGCAUUGAUGCUCUUUAAAAACACGUUAACUUCAGAGGAAGGAUGAACAAAUCUGAUCUAGCUGGGUGACACUCUGGUUUUCCCAGAGAGAUGCUUUAACCUGCGUGUGGCUUUUUGGCUCAGAGUCCAGGAGGAGGGGACUCUGUCCAUGGAGCUCUGGUUUUGUGGUUGUGGAGAUUGGUGGAAGCAUUUCCAGAUCAGAGGCGCUCUUCCUCACUUUGGAGACCAACACUCUGGGUUUUAAAGCAUUAACCUUCAUGGUGAAAUCAUACCUUCUCUCUUCUAGUCAUGCUGUGCAUGCUGCUUUCUCUGUUGGGGUCUAUAUAAAUUUGUUGAACUCUUACGUACAUUCCAAAGAAGUUUCAAGGAACCACAAAUAUAUGUAUACAAAUACAUAUAUGAAGUAUAUAUGUUAAAAUGAAAUUAUCUCUAUCAGGAAUACUGCCUCAGUUAUUGAAUUUUUUUAAGAAUACUUUUUUUUAAGAUGAGAAUUAUUGGGGUGAAAAAGAUGUUAUAUUGUGUUUGACUAUUUUCCAACUUGUAUUUUCAUAUAAUUUAUAUUUUUUAAAUGCUGAAAAUUUAAAAGCAAGAUUUAAAAAGGAAAAGCAGGUGCUUUUUAACAAUCAGAACUGAGGUAGCUUAGAGAUGUAGUGGUGUGAGUGUCAUAUGGUUUUUUUUUAAACAAAUGCAAAAAAAUUCUUAUGGGGGAAUUUUUUGUUUGUUUCUUUUAGUAGCUGAUGCUGGCACAUCAUUUUGCUGGAAAGUUUUUUAUAUACUGUAGCCUGAUUUCAUAUUGUAUUUUAAACUGUGUGAAAUUAAAGAAACAAAGAAAUUCAUUCAUAA